UGACUCCUGUGGUGUUGCGGUACACACGCCUGACUUUGGCACGGGGCAGGUGGGAUCGAUUCCCGCUCAGCAAUGGUGUCAUAUCUACCCUGCGACUGACUACGACCAGUUCAGGGCGUCGUCUGCCUUUCGCCUGAAGCUAGCUGGGAUAGGCUCGACUUCACCUGUGACCCUUGUGAGGUAAAGCGGCGUGGAUAAUGGAAAUGAAGAAAGAACGUCUUCACGACGAGUUCCCACGUGCGUGACGCCAUAUUUGAUGCGCUUUGCAAGAUGAACGCAAAGACGAUGCAGUAACUCCCCAUUGCGUCGAGACUCUGUGACAUACUUUCGAUCGCAAAAAGUUGAUUGGCUGUGUGAAGGCGACGCCACAUUAAAUUGUGUCUGGACACGUUGGACUUCUCACGGGGAUGUUUAUGUCCGUGCACGCGGUUGUUGGGGCAGCGUGUUUGCUUUGAUGUUUUUACGAUGUUUGUGCAGUUGCUGAUUGCAUGGCACUGCUUCAUAAAGGUUCGAGACACUGCACGGGUGAGUGGAUGGUUAGAGGGGGAGGGGGUUAGGUGGGUUCCCCUUCACCCCUCCCCUCCCUCUGAAAGGCUGAUAUUCUGUCUCUCUUUCUCAUUGUGCACGUUGGUUCGCUUAUUCCGCGGCAGUGUGACUUAAAUGUGUUCUACCAAUCCUCACAUUUUGUUUAUAUGGACGAUCAAGGGAACAAUUCGACUUAUCGAAACUGUAUUGAAGUAGCGUAUUUCAGGAGUUGGUUUGUCUCCGUAGAAGUUACAUGGGGAACGGAAUUUGGAUGAAGUGGCUCGCUGAUUUUACGCAAUGCAAAUGCAGGCUUACAAAAUUCCACUUUCUUAUGUUCAUCUAACUGAGCUAUGGAAUUAACCAAAGGACGAGUCUUGCAAAAGAGCAACAAUGUAUAAAAGCCCUCCACCGCUUUUGGAUUUUGGAUGCGACAAGAGGAAUACCACUUGGCGCUACGCCUUCAACUCCAGUGGACGAGAACUGGGCUGGAUUCGCGGGUAUUUGCGAACAAUUUUGGUUUUCCAAUUUCUCGGACUUUCUCUGGGUGCAAGUGUGUCAGCACCCGAAGUGGAACACGAGGGGCUUUGUCCCAACACGCUCAACACAAAUCUCUGGGUUGACGCACAAAGCACCUGCGAGAGGGAAUGCAACGUUGAUGAGGAUUGUGCCGACUUUGAGAAGUGCUGCACCAACGUGUGCGGCCUCAACAGUUGUGUUGCUGCACGAUUCUCUGAUGGCACCACUGCUGAACCCGAUGGCCUCGGAGGGAAAGGGGACGGCGUCCCGGGCUCAACGGCGACCUGCGACGGAUUCGUCUGCAGUCAGCAGGGAGCCACGUGUGACAUCUGGGAUGGCCAGCCCAUCUGCAAAUGUCGGGACCGAUGCGAGAAAGAGCCCAACUUCACCUGCGCGUCGGACGGCCUCACGUAUUUCAACCGCUGCUACAUGGAUGCGGAGGCCUGCAUCCGGGGGGUGUCUCUAACGGUGGUCACCUGCCGAUUCUACCUCGCAGGACCCCACACUAGUCCGCUUCCUCAGGACACGACUGCUUAUCCCACACCCACAUCGCCUCAGGAGGAAGCGAUGCCCCCCACGCUGUACUCCAACCCUCACCACCAGUCCAUCUAUGUCGGAGGCACGGUCAGCUUCCACUGCGAUGCCAUAGGCACCCCCAGACCUGAUGUAACCUGGGAGAAACAAAGCGAGCGGCGCGAGAGACUCGUCAUGAGGCCGGAUCAAAUGUACGGGAAUGUGGUGAUUACCAACAUUGGACAGCUCGUCAUCUAUAACGCCCAGGUGUGGGACACGGGCAUCUACACUUGCAUUGCACGCAAUUCCGCAGGGGUUCUCCGGGCUGACUACCCUCUAUCAGUCAUACGGCGGGCUGAUGACGACUUCUCUGAGGAUCCGGAGAUGCCCAUGGGGAGACCCUUCUCUCCUGCUGACUGCCUGGCCGAAGUGGACACGAGAGUGUGCAGCGGCGAGCGCCAUGUGGACUGGUACUAUGACAGCAAGCUGGGAUCUUGCAUGGCCUUCAGCAAUGGCGGCUGCGAGGAUAGUCGCAACCGGUUUGAGACUUAUGAGGAAUGUAAGGCCUUCUGUCAGAGAGAGGGGAACGGGGUCUGCUCACUACCUUCAGUCCAGGGACCCUGCAAAUCUUGGCAAGUGCGUUGGGCUUGGAAUUCCAUCAUGAAGCAGUGCCAAGCUUUCGCCUACGGUGGCUGCCAUGGGAAUGCUAACAGCUUCGUCACCAAAAAGGAAUGUGAAGCAAACUGCCCAGCACCAAAAAGGAAACCUUGCAAGACAUGUAGGCUUAAGGGGAAAAUGGUGCCUAGUCUAUGUCGCAGUGACUUCGCCAUUGUGGGCCGGCUGACCGAGCUGGUGGAGGAUCUGGACUCGGGACUGGCCCGCUUUAGCCUGGAAGAGGUUCUCAGAGAUGAAAAGAUGGGCUUGACUUUCUUCAACACUAAACACCUCGAAGUGACUAUUGACAAGAUCGACUGGAGUUGUCCUUGCCCAAACAUCACCUUGGAGGAAAACCCUCUGCUGGUGAUGGGGGUGGUGCAGGAUGGAGUUGCCAUCAUCCAGUCAGACAGCUACGUCAGAGCAAUAACUGAUCGCAGACUUAAGAAACUCCGUGAAGUUGUGUUGAAAAAAAACUGCCAGACAUUGUAAAACUCCCCAUGACCUGUUAUUGCACAGAUGGCUGAAGGAACAAAUGGCACUGUGAAACAUUUAUCACCGAGGUGCAGGGCGUGUACUGCACAAAAAUUUGACUUUUUUUUUUUUUUUUUUUACAAGCGCACCACUCGCAUCUAUAGCUACUUAAAAAUGAUAUUAUGUGUUGUGUUGUUUGUUUUGAUUCUAAUCAAAGUAGAUUAUACUUUGUCUUGACAUGGAGUCCAUAUGAUCUUUUAUAGCUGUCAGAAAAAUAUUUUUAUGUUAACUUGUAUGGCUUAGCAAAAUGUCACUUGUGUCUAUAUUGUCUUGAUUUUCAUAUAAUGUUUUAUAUCCUUUUUUUCUAUAUCUAAAGUGCAGAUUAUCAUCUGUAAUCCUUUAUGGCAAGUUACAGUAUUUUUCUGGUGUUUCUG